AAGCACUCCUGCCAUCCCAUUGAUGAUGUCGAGCAUGAGGACGACCUUUGCUCCGAUCACUACUGUAGGAUCAAUUGGCAUGGUCCCAAUCAUGUCAACCCCAACUCCUACGCCGACGACAACAAUGUUCCCAGGCUCGAUAACAACGCCUGGUGGAGCAUUCACACCAUACCCGUCAGCUUGGGCUCAGUUUGCUGCUGACCCGGAAAAUGCUCAGGCUCUACAGGGCUAUCAACAGGUGAUGGCCAUGAUGCAACAGGCAGGUGGCUUCAUGCCAUUUGCCUAUCCUGGUAUGACGCCGCCAAUUAUGCCACCUCCGGUGUCGACCCCGUCGACAUUUAUCCCUAGGAUGGUCCCUAUACAUCCGGUGAAUUUGACGGGGACUUUGAAUGAAGCAGCGCCCUCAAAUGUCCAUGAAAUCAAUGAGGCGGGGCAGGAGGCGGCCCGCAGGAAGAAGGGUAAGGCUAUAGCCGAACCCAGCAAGACUCGAGAUUCGGCAUUCAAACGCCUAGGGGGCAAAGAGGAUGGACCCCGCAAGUCUGCCAAGCUACGUCUUGAUCCUGAGAUGGGCCGGACUAGCGCAACGGAAAGACUUGGCGGGGGUCGUCACGCCCAAUCUCGUCGUUCUAAGAAAUCUGAGACAAUUCACCAAGACGAGGAGGAAGCAGAAAGCCAGCCGAGGGCGUCGGCAUAUACCAGGCUCUCAUAUGAUGAGGAUGAUCUGGACAAGAUAGGAAGCGUAGCAAAAAAGCUACGUGCCCUGGAAGAAAAGGUGGACGAGAAGGCGGGAGCAAAGAAGCACACCCUAGCCAAAUCACCCUUUUCGGCGAGGGUACAUGCACAAAAAUUGAGGCGUAAGGUCAAGCUGGACGUGGAAAAAUUCACUGGAAAGGAGGAUCCAAACGUCCACCUUGACACCUUCCACAAUGCAGCACAGAUGGCCGGGUGCACUGAUGCUGAGGAAUGCCUGCUCUUCUUCUCAUCCUUGAGAGGGAGGCCAGUGGAAUGGUUUAACGGCCUUCCCCAUGGGAGGAUUGGGUCCUUUGAGAAACUUGCUGAAGUUUUCCGCAAGAAGUACCAGGACAACUGCAUCAAGAGGAAGAAAUUUACCUACCUUAACACGGUAGGGCAGAGGGAGAAGGAGACCUUGACUCAAUUCUUAACCCGCUGGAGGGACGAGGUUGACAAGGUAGAAGAGAUGGACAAUAAGACGGCCAUGUCUUUGUUGAUGAAUGCCUUCCGGUCAGGUGACCUCUACACUGAAUUCUGUAGGAGGCCGCCCUCCUCUUAUCAGGAAGCCUACAAUACGGCAUGGGAAUAUGCCGAGGCAGAAGUGCUGAACAAGAAUAAGCGGGAGCUGGAAGAAGGCUACACAAAGUCGAAAUCCGACAAGCCGAAGAAGGAUGAGCAGACAGGAGGGUCCAAACUAAAGGCCACAUAUGACGGAUCCAUCCACCAAAUAAGGGAUGAUAAGAAGGGAGAGCAACCCAAGAGACAAUGGACGGAGAAGUGGUGCACAUACCACCAAUCCGAUUCCCACAACACGGCGGAUUGCCGAAAUGUCAAGGCUGUGCUCAAGGAGAUGGCCUUGAAAGGAGAGCUUGGGGAAGGUUACGCGACGGUCAAGAAGAUGACCCGCCAGUUCGAACAAACUGAAUUGGUCUCCCAGCAGGUAGACAAGGGUGAGGAGAAGGCUAGGAUCGAGCCGGAUGCAAACACGGAGGAGAUCGUCAUUGAUGCCUCCAAUCCUGAGAGGAAGGUCAAAAUUGGGACUGACCUUCGGGAAGAGCUAAGGACUGAGAUUGUCCAGGUGUUGACCAGGUAUAAAUCAUUAUUUGCCUGGAGUGUUGCUGAUAUGCCCGGGAUUGACCGGUCAGUCAUUUGCCAUCGUCUCUCUGUUCUUGAGGGGUCUAGGCCUGUAAGACAGAAGAAGAGAUUUUUGGCAAGUGAUAGGAGGGACUUUGUGAAGAAAGAGGUCAAGGACCUACUUGAGGUAGGUCAUAUCAGGGAAGUAAACUACCCUGAAUGGCUGGCCAAUGUAGUCCUGGCUCCGAAGGGUGAUACCUGGAGGAUGUGCGUAGACUACACAGACCUCAACAAGGCAUGCCCAAUGGAUUCUUAUCCUCUUCCCAGCCCGGACCAAAUGGUUGACGAAACCGCCGGGUGUGAACUGCUAAGUUUCAUGGACGCCUUUAAAGGGUAUCAUCAGAUCUUCAUGGCGGAAGAUGACGAGGAAAAGACGGCCUUCCUCACCCCGGAUGGGACAUACUGCUACAAGGUGAUGGUCAACAAGUUGUUCAGGCCUUUGCUUGGACGGACCAUGGAGGCCUAUGUCGAUGAUAUGCUGGUGAAGAGCAGGGCAAGCGGCACACAUGCUCAGGACCUGGAAAAAUGCUUUGAGAUUAUGACUAGGCAUAAUCUUAGACUUAACCCGAAGAAGUGUGUUUUUGCCGAGACUCUAUACCUCUACCUAGGGGUAACUCAAAUGGCUGUUAGCUCGGUCUUGAUGAGGGAUGAUGGGAUCCAGAGGCCCAUCUAUUAUGUAAGCAAGGCCUUAAAUGGGGCAGAAAGUAGGUACACUCCUACGGAGAAGGCAGGGUAUGCACUUUUUAUAACAGCGAAGAAACUCACGUCGUACUUCCAAGCCCAUCCCAUUGUCGUAUUGACCGACCUACCAUUGGGCACAGUCAUGAGAGACUCCACUUCAUCGGGAAGGAUGAUCAAAUGGGCCAUGAUGCUUACCCAAUUCAACAUUGAAUAUCGUCCGAGGACGGUGAUAAAGGGACAGGAUGUGGCUGACUUUCUUGUGGAGAUGACGGGUCACCAGGAGGAGGAACCGGCAAGGACGAUCACAGAGCCUUGGUGGUCCAUGUCAGUAGAUGGAGCCGCUGGACCGAAAGGUUACGGUGGAGGUGUGGUAUUCACAACUCCGGAAGGGUUCAAGGUAUAUCAUGCCUUGAUCUUUAACUUUAAACUCACAAAUAAUGAGACGGAGUAUGAGGCAUUGAUAGGGGGUCUGAGAUUGGCCAAAACCCUACAAAUCACAUGCCUCAAGAUCAAGUCCGAUUCAAGCUUAGUGGUAGGCCACAUCAAUGGCAACAUGGAGGCCAAAGGAGAGAAGAUGCAGAAGUACAGAGACUUGGCAAGGGCAUUAUUGAAGGAUCUGACUGAGUAUGUGAUGGAGCAAAUCCCUAGGGGGGAAAACACGGAUGUUGACUUACUAUCAAAAUUGACGCAAGCAGCCCCGGAGCAUGUGUCCAAGUUGACCAAGAUUGAGACGCUGGAAAAUGCUAGCAUUGAAAGGCUUUAUGUGAGCCUGAUAGAGGAGGAUGGACAGCUCAAUCUAACCCUGGUGGAGCCAGAUGAUAUUUGGAUGGAUGACUUGGUCAAGUAUUACAUGACCGGGCAAUUCCCUGAGGAUGAGGAUAGGGUAAGAAAAGUAAAGUUGAGGGCUCCAAGAUUCCAAAUGCUUGAUGGAAGGCUAUACAAAAGGGCAUUUGGCGGUCCGCUACUGAGAUGCUUGACCAGGGCGGAGGCGGAAAGAGUGAUCGCCGAAGUUCAUGAGGGUGUCUGUGCAGCCCAUCAAAUGUCCAGGACACUCGCACAAAGGAUCCUUUUGCUAGGUUAUUUCUGGCCUACAAUGAACCAAGAUUGUGAGAAGUAUGUGCAAAGGUGCAAGACUUGCCAGGUGUUCUACAAGUUUCCGGGAAGGCCUGCGACAUAUUACCACCCAGUUUCCAAUGUUAUUCCAUUCGCAAGGUUUGGGAUGGACAUCAUUGGGGCCUUCCCUCAAGCUCAAGGGAGGAAGAAGUAUGUCAUGGUCGCUAUCGACUACUUCACAAAAUGGGAAACAGGUGAGGAAGAAACCGACCUAGACGUUUUCAAGUCAAGAGACCAGGACAUGAGAUGACCUGGAAGUUUUCAAGCCUUGCGUCUAAAGUGGUCUUCAAAACUUCCAACCUAGCCUACUACACCAGAACAUGAGGUGACCUGGACGUUUGUUGCAGUUCAACCUAGACACAAGCCGGUCCGGAAGACAAAUCAGGCCACAAGAUCUGGACGUUUUCAAGGUUGCAAGACCUAGAUGUUUUCAAGGCUUGUACUUGACCAGGACAUAACAUGACCUGGACAUUUUCAAGAGAUGGAAUUGACCUGGACGCUGUCAACAAAGCCUACCAGACCUA